AUGAUCGAUAGUUCAAUGGACGUUGAAAUCGGAGAUUUGGCUUCACAAGAUUCUGUUUCGAACAAGCUAAAACAGAGUGAGGAGGCUAUGGAUAAUGAUAUGGAGAAUUCUACUAGUGUAGCUGGUUCGGCAUCUGUAUCUCUUAACUCGGACAAUCUUAAUGGUUCACAUUCCGACAUGUCAUAUGAGGAAGAUGACAAUGAUGGUGAAGAUGCAACUGAUGAUGACUGCAAUAUUUAUGGUGAUGGUGAUGAUGAUGACUAUAUGUAUGUUGAAGAUGCUGUUGAUGAUUAUUCGAGUUUGCAGGCACAAUUUGAUAAUGUGGAUUUGCCUACUGGGGUGGAGGCAUCGGUUUCUUGGUUAAAUGAUCCUGCUCCAGGUUCAAAUACUUCAACUCCUGCAAGUGUUCCAGUUGAAGGUGGCACGGUGAGUCUCCCUGCAAGUGCACCAGCACAUGCUCCUUCGUUUCCGGCUUGCUGCAAAACCGAGGCCAUUGCUUCAAGCAGUUCAUCAGUUUCUGCAGAAUCGAGCAGUAAUGAGAAGGAAAAAGAGGAAAACAAAGUUGAAGUUAUGAAGAAGUAUCUAGAUUUCAAACGAUUUGACGUUGUUGAUGAUUGUUCUGAUCAUCACUAUAACAAAACGGGCUUUGAAGGACGGCAGCCCCCCAAGGCAUGGAGCAAGAAAAUUCAGGAUGAGUGGAAAAUUCUAGAGAAGGACUUGCCUGAAACGAUAUACGUAAGAGUUUAUGAAUCAAGGAUGGAUCUCUUGAGGGCUGUUAUUAUUGGACCACCAGGCACUCCGUACCAUGAUGGUCUAUUUGUGUUUGAUGUUCUGUUCCCUCCUACCUAUCCAGACAUACCACCAAUGGUUUACUACUAUUCUGGUGGCUUGAGACUAAACCCAAACUUGUACGACUGUGGAAAAGUCUGUCUCAGCCUUCUUAACACUUGGACUGGUCAAGGAAAUGAGAAGUGGGUGCCAAAUUCAUCAACAAUGCUGCAGGUCUUGGUGUCUAUUCAAGCUCUUAUUUUGAAUGCUAAGCCCUUUUUCAACGAGCCAGGGUAUGAAUCGAGAUAUGUUGGGGCAGAGGGAGAGAGGAAAGCCAGGUCAUACAAUGAGGAUGUAUUUGUCCUAUCCUUGAAAACGAUGGUGUACACUCUUAGGAGGCCACCAAAGCACUUCGAGGAUUUAGUGACAGGCCAUUUCCGUUCUCACGCACAUGAUAUUCUUUCGGCAUGUAGAGCAUACAUGGGGGGUGCAGUAGUUGGUUCCGUGGUCAAGGGAAAGAUCCUGGAUGGUAGCAAAAAGAGCACCUCCUCAGAGUUCGCGGCUUCUAUAAGAAGAAUGAUAAAUGGUCUCAUUUCAAACUUCACAAAGAUUGGUGCAGAAGACUGUGAGCAGUUUCGCUGUUCUUGA